UAACAGAAAUACAUUACAGACGUUUUUUUCGCUCUCUCGAACGAGGUUCUUGGAAAAACCUAAAGUUUUCAGAACAUAUAUGUUUUUAAAGUACCACCUGACACCACCUUUACAACAUUUAGAAACUCUGUGGUACAUCGAUGUGUACUUUGUAGGCCGCCGUGGUGUGACGUGGGCGCAUUGAAAACAUGGCAGAUGAUAAUAUUUUGGAAGGCGAAGAGGAGAAUAUUUUAUAUGAUUUACUCAUAAACACCGAAUGGCCACCUGAAACAGACACUCAGCUGCGUGGACUGAAAGAACACAACUCACUCAUUGCCAAGGCAGUAACAGGACCCUUCCGGUUUAUUCUUCACUACCUUUGGUACAGCCCUUCUAGUUCAACUUUGCCACCUGGGCUGGUACGCCUUGCAACCAAACAAGUGAACUGGCAGCUGGUGCUAGCAAGUAAUGGGAAGCUCCUGGCUGUGGUUCAAGACCAAUGUUUGGAAAUUAGGUCAGCUAGAGAUGACUUUGGAUCCAUCAUAGGAAAAUGCCAAGUGCCCAAGGAUCCAAAUCCUCACUGGCGUAAGGUAGCAUGGAGUCAUGAUUGUGCUCUGCUGGCGCAUGCUGACAGCACUGGCACGGUCCGUGUCUUUGACCUGAUGGGCAGCGAACUCUUCAUUAUACCGCCGGCUAUGUGCUUCCCUGGAGAUUUUAGCUAUGCAGCUGCUGGUCUGAUGUUCUUGGAAUACACUGCCAGUGCACAGUGGUCAGCAGAGCUACUGGUCAUCACCUAUAGUGGCCAGCUCAAGAGUUACCUGGUCAGUGUUGGGACCAAUCAGGGUUUUCAAGAGAAUCACAGCUUCAGUUUCUCUGCCCACUAUACCAAUGGCAUUACCACAGCAAUAUAUCAUCCUGUCCACAGGCUGCUGCUGGUAGGAGGGUGUGAGUCGGGUGACAGUGAUGUGUCAAGGGCGAGCCGUUGUGGGAUCACAGCUUGGAGGGUGUUGUCAGGGUCACCACAUUAUAAACAGGUCACCAGCUAUGAGGAUGAUGUUAGUAUGUCUCAGAGGCGAGGAUUCUUCAGGAUGCCCAGCUUUCGACUUUUCUCCAGGCACAACAAUGAAGAGGACGGUGUAUUUAGAAUGAGUCUGUCUCCUGAUGGUACAGUGCUUGCUGUGAUCCACUUCUCUGGGAGUCUCAGUCUGUGGGAUAUUCCAUCAUUCAAACUGAGAGGCUGCUGGAAACAAGAAGAACAACCGGCCUUUGACGAGAUCAACCCAGAAUGGAAGACUUCACUGGAGAAAAGAAAGAAGAUAAAAGAUAAGGAGCAGUAUCAGUCUCUGCUAGAUGUUAACUGGUGGAGUGAGACUGCACUUAUUUUGGCCCGCUGUUCUGGCGCCCUCACUGUUUCCUCCGUCCGCACACUCAAAAACCUGCUGGGCAAGUCCUGCGAAUGGUUUGAACCUUCACCACGAGUCACCCCGGCCCAUGAUGGGGGCUUUCUCUGUCUGGAGUGUGAGGUAAAGCUGGCCCACAAGCGCUCUCGUCUGGAAAGCAGUAUGUUGGGUGAAGAUGAAGAUGGAGAGGAUGACUCUGACUCUGAUGAAGAGUCCUCGGCGAAGGCGCGGUAUUUUGGCUACGUAAAGCAGGGCCUGUACUACGUGACAGAGAUGGAACGCUUCGCCCCUCCCCGGAAACGGCCUCGGACCGUCAUUAAAAACUACCGGCUGGUCAGCCUGAGGUCCACCACACCAGAGGAGCUCUACCAGAGGAAGAUUGAUAAUGAGGAGUAUGGAGAGGCGCUUUCCCUGUCUCAAGCAUAUGGUCUGGAUUCUGAUCUGGUCUACCAGAGACAGUGGAGAAAAUCUACAGUCAGCAUCGCUUCUAUUCAGGACUACUUGAGCAAGAUAAAGAAGAGAUCAUGGGUGCUACAUGAAUGUGUGGAGAGAGUUCCAGAGAACGUGGAUGCGGCCAAAGAACUUCUGCAGUACGGCCUAAAAGGAACCGACCUUGACGCCUUGAUAGCCAUCGGUAGCGGAGAAGACCGGGGCAGGUUCAUCUUGCCAGGUGAUGUUGACUUGGACGAUGCUCCAUAUGAAGACUUCCUGUCCGUGGAAGAAGAGAGGGAGCAAAGAAAAGAGAGGGAGGACAAGAAGAGACAGGAGCUCCUCAAAAAAGUGGAAUUUAGCAAGCUGACUCUAGAGCAGAAGGAGCUCUGUAGGAGUAGAUUGAAGCUUCUCUGCUAUCUGGACCGCUUGGCCACUUAUGAGGAAAUUCUAGGCGGACCUCAUGCAGCAGAGCAGAGAUUUGAUGCUGAGUUUUUCAAGAAGUUCCGCAGUCAGAAUAUCGUUCUGUCAGCCAGAACUUACGCAAGGGAGAGUAACGUACAGGCUUUGGACAUUCUCUUCACUUAUCACAGCUCAGAGUUGCUUCAGCACCGGCUCGCCAUCCUUUGCAAUUUCCCAGAAACCACCUCUCCUCACGAGUAUAACGACCUUCUGCCUAAGGCAGGUGGGGAUAAGAAGGGUAAUUUGAUGCUGAUUUCUUGGGAGGAGAGCCGACACAGAGAUCUGGACUGGUGUGAGGUUCCUGAGUGCAGAAGGGUGGUGGAGCCCAACCCAGUGGAUGACUGUCAUUUCCUAUAUGAAGAACAGCCAGAACUGGAGAGAUUUUGUAUGGAUAAACCCUCCAUCGCACUGCUGACUGAGUGGUACCUGACCAGGGCACAGGACAUAGAAAGCAAUUCCCAUCAGGUUGAUUGUUCUCUGUCUCUGGUGCGUCUGGGAAAAGAGCAGAACAUUCCUGGGCUGGAGGUGCUGUGUGAUGACCUGGUUACCAUGGAAACGCUGGUGUACGAGACAUCAUGUGAUCUAAAUCUCACACUGAAGGAUCUGCAGCAGCUCAGGGACAUUGACAAGCUCCGCCUCCUCAUGAAAAAUUCCAGUGAGGACCGAUAUGUGAGGAAUUCAUUCCAGUGGAUGCUCCCGUUUCUGCACCGUUAUGAGAGACAGCGGGGGGGUUCUGCCUCUAGCCUGCUCCGAGAGUACCUGGUCACCCUUGCCAAAGAUGAUCUCACGCUCCCACUCAAAAUCUUCCAGCACUCCAAGCCAGAUUGUCAUCCGAAAAUCAUAGGAGACUCUGAUCAGCUGAUGUCCGUGGCAUUAGAAUGUAUCUACAGCUGUGAAAGAGAUGACCAGCUUGCACUCUGCUAUGAUAUACUUGAAUGUCUGCCUCAGAGAGGAUAUGGACCAGAGACAGAUGCUACAAAAGCCCUGCAUGACCAGGUGGACAUUCUCGAGAAACACUUAAGUGUUGCUGAGGUGUUGGAGAAACAUGGUCUCCAGAAACCCAUCUCGUUCAUGAGGAACAGUCAGAACAGCAAAGAAGAAGCUCACCAGCUGAUGGUCCGACUCACUCGUCACACAGGACGCAAAAACCCUCCUGUGAGUGAGACAGUGUGGAGAAGCUUACUUCAAGAUCUUUUGGACAUGCAGCAGAAUGUUUAUACCUGUCUAGAGCCAGAGACUUGCCAUCAGGUGUUUGUGGAGAGUUUAUUGUGUUCAGGGCGGGAGGAGAAUGUUCGUCUGGCGGGUCAGCUGGUGCACUGCAGUGCUAUGUCAGAGGACACUCCAGUCAGUGUGGCGUUUAGCGGUAAAGCUCAUGCCCGUGUAGCCUAUAACAUCAGUGUGGAGCUGGUUCUGGCCGCUGCCCGGGAGUACUUCAACUCUUCGGCCACCCUCAAUGACUCCUGCAUGAACCUGGCACGGUCAUGUUUGCUGUUGAUCACGGAUUGUCCUCCUCUGGUCCAAGAAGAGUUGGAUCUCAUUAGCGCCCUCUCUCGGCUGGAUGAGUUUGGCGUGAAGGUUCUGCCCUUACAAGUGCGACUGCGAAUGGAUCGUCUAUCGUUGAUAAAGGAGUGCAUCUCCCAGUGUCCUACUGCAUACAAGCAAUCCACUCAACUGCUCAACCUGGCCAGACUUCUGCGUGUUGCAGGUGAUGAUGAGGCCAAGAGGAAGGGUCAGGUGCUAACUCUGCUAGCAGAACAGGCUUUAAACUGUCAGGAUUUCAAGGCCUCCUACAUUCACUGCCAGGAUCUGAUGGCUGCAGGCUACAGUGAUGGCUGGGAUGUGUGUGCUCAGCUAGGGCAGUGUGAGACAUAUUCACAACUCUCUGCCCGUCAGGACCUCAUGGCAUUUUCUCUUACACACUGUCCUCCUAGCAGCAUCCAGAACCUUCUAGCGGCUUCCAGUUCCCUUCAGACGCAGGUUCUGUACCAAGCUGUAAAUUACAAGAUUGAUCCAUCUCAAGCCUGGAGAACAGGAACUGAGCUGUCUGAGCAGGGAGGAGCUGCUAUUCCUGGACCAGUGCCCGGCUCAAUUAACCCCACAGACCUGCUGCACAGAACCACGGCCCGCACCAUAGAGGUCCUGACCAACACUACCAUGACUACCAGAGCUGUGCUGAUCACCGUCAGCGACUCCCAUUGGUGGAGAGAGUCCCUCAACUUACUUCGCCCACUGCACGGACAGGGCUUGGAAAAAAGCCAUACCAGCAUGGCCAAUGAGAACGCAGAUCUAGAGAGGCAGCGGUGCAGUCCUUUCUAUGAGGAGCUGUUCGAUGAUCCAUAUGUCAAUAUGACUGAAGACGUGUAUUCCUCCUAUGACUAUGCACCUCACGAAGACUUUGCUGAAGUUUUACUGCGGACAGGCAAACUCGCCGAAACCAAAAGCGAGGGACAGAACCUCUUUCCUGCUACAGAGGUGCUACUUCAGCUGGCCAGUGAUGCCUUUCCCAAAGAUAUGACACUCGCCCUGGCCUAUUUACUGGCUCUACCUCAGGUGUUGGAUGCUAAUGCGUGUUUUGAGAAGCAGCCCCCAUCAGCAAUGUCUCUACAGUUAGCGGCGUAUUACUACUCUCUCCAGAUCUACUCUCGCCUUGCACCCUGCUUUAAAGACAAAUGCAGCCCACUUUACCGAGCUGAUCCGAGAGCACUGAUUCGUCUAGUGACCAAGCAUGUGACAGAUCACGCUGGAUGUGAUUGGUUGGAUGAGGAACUGGAGGCUCUGAUUGGGCAGUUGCGACUCUACAGUGAGAGACUGACAGACUUCACUCAGGCUCAAAUUUUGCAGGGACUUGGCCGAGGCAUCGAUGUCCAGAGAUUCAGCAACGACAACCAGUACAAGAAAGAAACUAUUCUGGGCCUGGCUGAGACAUUGAAUGAGAGAGUGUACGGGAUCUCACGCUUUUUGGCUCAGCGGUACAGCAUACCUCUUUGGGAAGUGCACAUGAAUCACCUUGAGUUUCUGUUUACUGAUAGUGGCCUCUCCACCAAAGACAUCGAGAGCCGGACAGAGGCUCUUGGCCUGUUUGAGACUCUUAAGACCGAUCCCGAAGCCUUCUACACACACAUGACUAAAUAUGUGUACCCUAGUGUAGCUGGAACCGAUCAGCUCCAACUCCUGUUCUACUUCACCCUUCUGGAAAACUGUGGCUGCGGUAACUACUUCCCUCCCACUGCAAUGAAGCCCUACACACACCUCAAACUGCUCAAGAAGCUCAAAGCUGUUGCCGUCGGUCUGGACUAUAAGAAGCUAAUAGAUGAGGAUUCCGAUCCUCUGAAAGCUCUGGUACCAGUACUGACCAGCCAGAAUGUGCUGUCAAUCGCCAAACUGGCCCCUGAAUUCCCCCAAAGGGGAGUUGAACCGCUCACCUCUAGUGCUGUCCACACCACCUGGCUACAUAAACUCUUCUGGGAAGGGGAUCAGCAUGUGCUAAAGAAGGCCCCUCAGAGUGAUCAAGACUUCCUGCGUGCCUAUGACACCUGUGCCAAAUACUUUGACCGUCUGCUGCCCUUAGAUGCUGUUAACUUCCUGGAUGCCAUCACCUUUUCCCCUGAAGCAGCUAAUAAGCUGUCUGUAGAGGCCAGACUGGAGAUCACCAAGCGUGCACAGAAGGCUCUGAAAAGCAUUAGUGACAAGAGUAAGAAAAAGGGCAAUGAUGACAGAAGUGAAAACUCCAACUUUCACUCCGCCCUCACUCAUCUGCAACAGUCUCUUGCUCAUCUAGAGACUCUGAGCCAUGCCUUCCUCUUGUCACUCAAGACGAGCAAAGAGGAGCGCAAGCAGAAGUACAGUCAUAUUUAUGACCUGUCCAGGUCACAGCAAUCUAAGGUACACCAUCUGGCCAUCACAAUGGCCAUGGAUGGACAGCCUCUUGAACAAAUUGAGCAGCUGCUCUCGGUCACCGUGGGAAUGAGCAACCUGUCGCUGAAGAACGUAGUACAGGAUGCAGUAGAGCGAAUCAUAACUGCUCUCAGUGGUGACAAGGACGCUUUGAAAGAUUAUGCAGACCCCUUGAAGGUACUGGAAGGAAUUGUAGUGGCAGUGCACACUAAUGUGCAGAGCGGCAGUAAUUUGGUGACAUCUGAGGACAUGUUGGCAUGGCUGCGACCUUUUUGUGGAGACGACACUAAACCGGUACGACCCCGAAUUGAAGUGCUGCAGAUUCUAGAACAUUCUUUCAGCCUCAGCGAUCAGGACGUUCACCUACUAGUGUUCUUCAGGAGCCAGGCAAUUCUGAAAGCCUGCUGGCCAGACAGAAAGUGUGAGAUGAAAGAUGUCGAGAAUGAAGAAAAGCGAAACUCCUUGUUCCUGGAACUGUUGGAAUCCAGCAAUAAAUGGGAGGAGUUUCAACAUAUUAUGCUCCUCCUACAGGCGUGGCCACCAGUAACUGACAAAAGCAGGGUGGAAACGGAACAGAACCCCUGGGUGUGUCUAACAUCCGCCCUUCUCACACACUCCGCAACCAUGUUUGAAAUCAACAUUGGGAAUGAGAUUCUAACUAUGUGUCGCUUGCUGUACCCUACUAAACACAAACUCAACCCACAGUGCAUUGGGCACAUUUCCUCUCUGCUGUUGAAUGCUGGGCUGAAGCUGCCUGCUUUGAAGUUGAUGACUGAAGGGGGGAAUGAACAUCUGCGCAAACUGACCCUGGAUCAGAUAAAUAAAAUCACUGAUGUGACCGAGGAUGUGUGUGACUCUGAGCUCCUCACCCUGUUGUUGAAUGCUGGGAUGUUGAUCAGCUGUGUGGACACAGCCCUUUUCUCUCUGCUGGUCUCUCACAUGCAGGCUCAGGGGGACUGGGAUGUGGAGAAAGCCGCCCAAGAGCUCCACCAGGCCGGGCACAGUGUACAGGCUGGCUCCUUGCUUCUGUCCUACCGAGGAUCUCACCCAGGGCAGUUCACCUUCAACAGUGCCCUCGCUGUCAUUAAAAAAUGGCUAUGAGGUGACCAUGGGUACAGACUAAUCAAUAAAGCAAGGAUACUAGUAUAUUUUAGCUGAAUAAAAUUGAAAUAUUAAAAGGGACAUUGGCACAAAAUACAAAUCACAACCAUAAGUCAUAAUAAAAAGGAUAGUUCCCCCAAAUAUGAAAGUUCUGUCAUCAUUUACUCACACUUAUGUCGUUCUAAACCCAUAUGACUUGCUUUCUUUCAUGGAACACAGGAGAUGUUUUGAGGGAUGUAGUUGUUUGUUUUUUUCCAUGCAGUUACAAAGAAUUGGGUACAAAAGAGUGACCGCCUAUAUUCUUAAUCUCUUUUUGUGUUCCACUGAAAAAAGUCAUAUUGGUUUGGAAUAACAUGAGGGUGAGAAAUUGAUGACAGAAUUUUCAUUUCAUCACAUUGUUUGUACAGGACAUUUUCCUGUUGGCAAAAGAGUCAAAUCACCUUCUUAUUGCACAGAAUUUCUCUCUCUGUAUCGCUGGCUCUCUUCUGAGUGAAGCUCGUGACAUGGGUGUAAAUUACUUUGGUUGUUUGGUCAUGGUAGCCUGUGCUAAUAAUCAUUACAAGCCCGGAUUCAGAAUUUAAAACGCUGCAUGUGUGCCGACAGAGUGUUUGCACGUGUACGUGUGGCUUCGUGGUUGAUUGUUCCACACACAACGUUUUGCUCUUUCCCUUUGUAGGGUUGUUAAUUAUAUUUGAACAAAACAGAUUAGGCCUUCAGGUGGUCUCAUGCAGCUUGAUUGUUUCAACACACAGACACACAUAGAUGCACUACAACCUGUGUUAGGUAACUGAAUUGUAUUGUGACUUAUAUGUGUAUUUAGGUAGGUUUAUCAUCAGUGUUUAAUAAAUGUAUCAGAUUUAAAACUUUUGAAUGGUGUUCCUUUAACCAUCUUUCAAAAAAUUUAUAAUUUAUAAUGGGUUUUGCUGUAGUGCACACUUGGGCAAUGAAGUAUUAACAAUAUAUUAAAAAAAAUUCUAAAGAUGAAUGUGAACAAGUAGUUCUAAUAUCUGAGCACCCAUCCAUGGUUUAAAAUAAAUACAGUGGCUGUUUUUAA